UACUACGUAUUACAGUUCAGUUUCAUAUUUCUAUCUAUUUAUAUACCGGUUUUAAUCGAAUCAUACCCACAUUCUUCAGUACAUGUUCAUUAUUUUCCUCAUUUUUCUUCGGCUUAUUGGUCACCACUCUUCUAACUACAUUUCAAUUUGUUAAUUUAUCCCUAAAUUUCUUGUUUUUUUGAUUGAUUUUUGGCUAUUUUUGUUACUGGGUUUGGGUUUUCUGUGAUACCCACCACCUGUUUGAUCAUUUGCUUGUGGAAAACCAUUUAUACUCUGUUUUUUUUUGUUUUUUUUUUUUUUUUUUGUUCAUGAAUUCUGUACUUGUUGACACUCAUCCCAUGAACUUUGUCUUCAAAAUAAAUCCAGAAAUGGGUUCAAACCCAACUUAUGAAAAUUUCUUUCAAAACCCUGAAUUUGAGAAACAUGAGAGUCAAGUAAGUUUAGAAGCUCCUCAUUUGAUUAGUGAAAAUACUUCUCCACUUGAUCAGAAUGAGAGCAAUAAUAGUUGUUUGAAAAUUCCCAAUCAUUGCCUUAAAUACAUUAGUGAUAUUCUCUUAAAAGAAGAUUUGGAUGAAAAUCCUGCCUCUGCACAAGAGCAUUGGGCUCUCCAAGCCACUGAGAAAUCAUUAUAUGAUGCUCUUGGGGAGUCAUACCCUUUUCAGCAUUUAUACACUCCUUCACCUGAUUGUUUCCCGUCAUCUUCGGAUCGAAACACUAUAUCCCUAGAUGACAGCUCUUCCGGAAAUAGUUUUAGCUCUUUUGAGUCCAAUUGGGGUCCCAGCCAACCUCAAUUAGACCUCACUACUGUCAAUGUGGAUGACUUUGUUCAAUCCUUCUUGGAAUUGAAUCCUCAACCCUCUGGCUCGAGCUCUAAGGAUGGCGAUGAUGAGGAAGUAAAUGAUGUUGUUGUCUCUAAGAAGCCCUUAUCAACUACUUCCAAGAAAGGGGAGAAGCCGGUUAAGGGCUCGAGGAGGAAGAAAAGUCGUCAAAGGGAUGAUGUUGAUUAUGAAGGAGGAAGGUGUAACAAACUUCAAGCAACUAGCAGUGAAGAUUAUGCUGAGUUGGAGCAGUAUGAUGAUGUAUUGCUUUGUAAUGAAAACAAGAUGCAUGCCUCUUUAAGUCCCAAAGAAUGUUCAGCUGUCGAGGCACGCGGUAAAUUGUCGAAGACAAAGGGUCAUGGGAGUAGAGGUGCAAGAGGGAAGAAGCAAAACAUCAAGGUAGAUGAAGUGGAUUUAAGGAAUCUUUUGAUUGAAUGUGCACAAGCGGUUUCAAAUAUUGAUCGUAGGACGUCUAAUGAGCUUCUUAAGCAGAUUAGACAGUAUUCCUCGCCACAUGGUGAUAGCAUCCAAAGGAUUGCCCAUCAUGUUGCUAAUGGUCUUGAGGCGCGUUUAGCAGGCACUGGUUCAACCAUUUCUACUGAUAUUUGUGAUAUGAAAAUCUCAUCAUUCGAUUUCUUAAACUCCUACCGGCUUUAUGUCUCAGCUAUUCCUUUCAAAAGAAUGUCUUAUAUUCAGGCUAACAACACUAUUUUAAAGUUGGCUGUGAAAGCAACCAAAAUCCACAUCAUUGAUUUUGGUAUAUUUUUGGGUUUACAGUGGCCCUCCUUCAUACAAACACUCUCAAAAAGACCAAAUGGUCCACCAGAACUUCGUAUUACAGGAAUAGACUUUCCUCAGCAGGGUUUUCGGCCAGCAGAAAGGGUUGAUGCUACAGGGCACCGGCUAGCUGGUUAUUGUAAAAGAUUUGGUGUUCCCUUCAAGUAUCAGGGCAUAGCUGAGAAAUGGGAAAAUAUACAGCUAGAAGACUUGAAGAUAGAGGGUGACGAAAUGGUGAUUGUGAACUGUAUGUUCAGGUCUGGAACACUACUUGAUGAGACAGUUGGACAAAAUUGUCCGAAAGAUGCAUUCUUAAGGUUGAUAAGACAUAUUAAUCCCAAUCUUUUCAUACAUGGAAUUGUGAACGGUACAUUCACUACUCCGUUCUUCAUCACUCGAUUUAAGGAGGCGCUCUUUCACUAUUCUUCUGCAUUCGAAGUGCUUGAUGCAACUUUACCUCGCAAUGCACAUGAAAGACUGUUGAUUGAGAGUGAGAUGUAUGGGAAAGAAAUCAUAAAUGUUGUUGCGUGCGAGGGUGUGGAGAGAGUACAAAGGCCCGAAACAUACAAAAAGUGGCAGGAGCGUUCAUCAAGGGCAGGACUGCAGCAGGUACCAUUAGAUAGGGAGUUUGUGAGUAAAACAAAGGCCAUGGUAAAGGCAAAUUAUCUUAAAGACUUUUUCGUGGAUGAAGACAAGUAUUGGAUGCUCCAAGGUUGGAAGGGAAGAACUAUCUGUGCCCUCUCCUUAUGGAAACGCUGCUGAUAAGAUUGACAACUAUUCUCAUGAUCAUAUACUUGUAAUAUCGAUCUAUAUGAUGUAUACUUCCUCCAUUUCAUAUUA